AGCACAACCGCGGGUGCCUGCUGCUACCGUGAGCUACUUGCACUAUUCGGCCGAGAUGUCGUGAGGUGUGGCUGGUAACGCUCCGGGAUCCUGUCAGCCGAAACGACACGCCGAGGAGGAGCCGGUGGAGGUGGAGGAGGAGGGGUCGUGGUGGAGAAGAUGUCCGCCUCGGUGGGGCCCCAAGGCGGCCCUCGCCCACCCACCGCGCCGCCAUCCAUGCCGGAUUUACCGGACCUUAGCCACCUCACCGAGGAGGAGAGGAAGAUCAUUAUGGCUGUGAUGGCUCGGCAGAAGGAGGAGGAGGAGAAAGAACAAGCCAUGCUAAAGACGCUGCACCAGCAGUUUGAGAGCUACAAACAGGAAGUACGCCGCAUCGGGGCGGACACCAGGAGGCAGCAGACGCAGCAGAAGGACGAUGCGCCCACCUGUGGGAUUUGCCGAAAGACCAAAUUCGCCAACGGCUGUGGGCACCUGUGCUCAUACUGCCAGACCAAGUUCUGCGCCCGCUGUGGAGGACGGGUCUCUCUCCGCUCCAACAAUGUGAUGUGGGUAUGCAACCUGUGCCGUAAACAGCAGGAAAUCCUCACUAAAUCAGGAGAAUGGUUUUCGGGGACAGGGGUGCGGCCCGGGAGCCUGGGGGCCUUGAACGACCCGACCCUGGGAGGUGAGGCACAGCGGGACAGGAAGCUGCUUCGCUCCAGGUCCCAAGCUCCGCCCAUCAACGCCAACACAGGCGCUCCAGACGGGACACUGCCUCCUGGUGUCAUCACAGCCAAGGGGUCAGACAGCAUGCCAGGGUCCCGCUCCCAAAGUGAACCGCCCAGGGAAAAGGCCAGACCAGUGUCCUUCCAUGAACAGAAUGGUAAAGGAGGGCUGGGCAGAGGAAGCGGCCGGCGGACAACGGGGAAGCUCCAGUCCCAGUCAUCUCUGGAUGAGCGUGGUGGUCCUGGAGAGCGCCGUAUGGGGGAGGGGCGGAGGUUGGAGAAGAUCCACUCUCAGGAAUAUGAGGACGGGACAGACGGCCUAGGACGUCUGGAGAGCCACCGCAGACACCCCGAGGAGGAGGACCCCAGAGAACGGCAGCGCAGAGAGGAGGAGUUUCAGAACCGUUACCGCAGUGACCCCAACCUGGCCCGCUACCCAGUAAAACCACAGAAGGAGGAGCAGGAAAUGCGCAUGCAUGCCAAGGUCUCCAAGGUGCGCCACCAGCGCAGACACAGCGAUCUGGCCAUUAAUGAGGUAGGGCUAGGGCCCAAUGAUGGAAAGGACUUGUCCAGGAGGGACUCUGAGCGUAAGGCUCCUAUGGACAGGACCGUGGGUAUGGGAGGGGUGGGGCCACCUGCAGGGGGCAGAGCAGGGUCCCAGCCCGGGGGUCUGGACUAUGGCCCAAACAAAGGGCGACUGGACCCCAACACGGCACGGACACAGAGGGAUAAAGGCGGGGACAAUCUGCUGAGGAAGGACUCUCAGAGCUCAGAUCAGUCCGAGUCCCUGCGGCCGCCCCCUCCACGCUCCUACAAGAGCAAACGGGACAAGAGACAGAUGUCCAUCAGCAGUUCAGAGGAGGAGGGUGGCUCCACACCCGAGUACACCAGCUGUGAGGACGUGGACAUGGAGAGCGUCAGCGAGAAAGGUGACUGGGACUGUCAUCCACUAGAUCCUACUGUAUGGCAUCACCCAGUCUCGUGGCAGCCGUCUAAAGAGGGUGACCACUUGAUCGGACGCAUCACGUUAAGUAAGAGGUCAGCUAUGCCUCGAGAGGCAGGCUCCCUCCUCGGACUAAAGGUGGUUGGAGGUAAAAUGACAGAGACAGGGAGACUAGGGGCCUUUAUCACCAAAGUGAAAAAAGGAAGUCUUGCAGAUGUUGUGGGGCACCUACGACCAGGUGACGAGGUGCUCCAGUGGAACGGCAAGUCGUUGCCUGGAGCAACCAAGAAAGAAGUUUACAACAUUAUCUUAGAGUCCAAGGCUGAACCUCAAGUGGAGAUAGUUGUAUCGAGGCCUAUAGGAUCGAUCAACCGAAUUAUGUCCAAAAACGUCUUAAGAAAAGUAUAUAGAAUCUCUCAGGAUAUCCCUAGAAUCCCAGAGUCAUCACACCCACCACUAGAAUCUACUGGCUCAAGUUCUUUUGAAUCCCCAAAGAUGGACCGUCCUUCGAUAUCAGUGAUGUCCCCCACCAGUCCUGGGACUCUGCGAGACCUGCCUCUAGUACUGCCUGGACAACUUUCAGUAAAGUUAUGGUACGACAAAGUAGGCCACCAGUUGAUAGUCAAUGUCCUUCAAGCCAUAGACCUGCCUCCUCGACCCGAUGGGCGGCCAAGAAACCCCUAUGUCAAAAUGUACUUCCUGCCCGAUCGAAGUGACAAAAGUAAAAGACGGACUAAAACAGUGAAGAAAAGUGCUGAGCCGAAGUGGAACCAGACCUUUAUCUAUUCCCACGUGCACAGACGGGACUUCAGAGAGCGCAUGCUAGAGAUCACUGUGUGGGACCAGCCACGAGUGCAAGAAGAGGAGAGCGAGUUCCUGGGAGAGAUCCUGAUAGAGUUGGAGACUGCUUUGUUGGACGACACUCCACACUGGUACAAACUACAGACUCAUGACGCAUCCUCCAUCCCUCUGCCUCAGCCCUCUCCUUAUCUCCCACGGCGACACGUCCAUGGAGACAGUCCCAGCAAGAAACUACAGAGUCCCGAGCGUAACUCCAGAGAUAGGGAGAGAGGCAGCACAUUGGCCGUCCCGGAGCAACAGAGAGCGGUCCAGCAUAGGUCCAGAUCUGUGUCCCCUCACCGGGAGGACUCCUGCCGUUCUCGCUCACGCCCCGCCUAUGUGCCCAUGCAAAGGAGCCUAGAUGAGAUCCACCAGAACCGCCACCCUUCUCACUCUCCGUCCCGCUACCACGAGUCCCACCUGGAGCACCAGCGAUCGGGCGACUCAGACUACGAGUACUCAGAGGACAGUGAGGUCCUGGAGAUGCACAGGUCAAUCCGAGGUGGGAGUGCCGAAUGCCUGCACACAAACAGCUCCACCCUCCCUGCAUGUUCAAAGGGCCAGUCGCUACAGAAACAGGAAGUGGGUGUGACUGUUCCCCGUAGCAUUCUCACACAGAGAGUGCUCAGGUUCACAGAUGAGGUCACGGUUAGCGACCUGCAGCCAUCGCUGGACAGAGUGAGAAGUGCCAGCACCACCUGUUUGAGGCCAGACAACCACUAUGACAGAGACAGGUUUUCCAACUCUUUGCCCUGCAAGGUUCCCCCCCGCCCCAGGAUCUUAGUUGAACAUGUGAACCCUGAAGAAGACAGACAGUGUAACAAUUCACCCAGUCCCAACUGUGCGAAUCCAAAAGGCAGUCGAAAAAGCCUAGAUGGGGACAGACUCCAGGGUAGCCCCUCUCCCCCAGGCUCCAGUCGUAGAGGCAGACAGCUCCCACAGCUCCCAGCAAAGAGCAGCAGCAUUGAGCAAGCCCUUGCAGGAGAUGACAGAGGAGGUCAGCUGCCAAAGAAAGUGCAUCCUUACAACAGGCCUUCAUCGUCCCAUGACCGAGAGAUGGACCUCAAGAUGAAACGAAAGAACUACGCGGGGCAGAGGUGCAGCAGUGACAACACGUCUGCGCGCUCCUCGGACAGUGACAUGAGCGACAUGUCGGUGAACUCUCGAGCCAGUAGCAUCUCCAGACUCAGCAGCACCAGCUCCAUCCCAUCAGAGUAUCCAGGCGGGAGGUUCAGAUCUAAGUCUUUAGAGGAGGAGAAGAGGGACAGGCGGAUCUCAUGGGGGAUGAAUGGGGAGGAGGAGAGGAGCGGGGACGUGGGGAAGAGGAGGUUGUCAGAGGAGCUAAAACGCAGAAGGCACACAGUGGGAGGAGAGGCCACUGAGACCAGGAUGCGUGGUUCAGGAGACCGUAGUAUAAUGAAGAGCUCUAGUGUGAGCAGUGAAAUCUACAACCAGGACCGCACGGAUGGGAGCCAAUCAGACACGGCCCUUGGGACAGUCAGCGGAGGAACCAAGAAGAGACGCUCCAGCCUCAGCGCCAAAGUGGUCGCCAUCGUGGGCAACCGGCGCAGCCGAAGUACCUCCCAGAUCAGUGGGCCAGAGGGUAAGUCUAAGAAGGAGAAGGGCGCUCCCAUCCAGCGGAGCACAGAGACAGGUUUGGCAGUGGAGAUGGUUCGGAGCAUGCCCAGUCGACAGCCCAGCCGCGAGUCCAACAACGGCAGCAUCCACAGCUGUAACUCUGAGGGGAAUCUGAUCUUCUCUGGAGUGAACUUGGGUGCCAGCAGUCAGUUGAGUGGCUUCCUGGAUGGUUUGGGUCCAGCACAGUUAGUGGGCAGACAAACACUGGCCACUCCUGCUAUUGGUGACAUCCAAAUUGGUAUGAUGGAGAAGAAGGGUCAGCUGGAGGUGGAGGUGAUAAGGGCGCGGGGGCUGGUGCAAAAACCUGGAUCCAAGUCACUUCCUGCUCCCUAUGUCAAGGUCUAUCUGCUGAAUAAUGGGGCAUACGUAGCCAAAAAGAAAACCAAGAUUGCACGGAAAACACUUGACCCGCUGUACCAGCAAGCACUGCUAUUCGACGAGAGCCCACAGGGUAAAGUCCUACAGGUGAUUGUUUGGGGAGACUAUGGCCGCAUGGACCACAAGAGCUUCAUGGGAGUUGCACAAGUCUUACUGGAUGAACUGGACUUAUCAAGCACAGUAAUCGGCUGGUACAAGCUAUUCCCCCCCUCCUCCCUGGUGGACCCCACACUGGCCUCUCUGACGCGGAGGGCCUCUCAGUCAUCACUGGACAGCUCCUCAGGGCCCCCCGGGGUCCGCACCUAGUGGACCAACCAAGUCCUUACACCAACUCCCAUAGACAACAAUCAGAACCAGUCGUAUUAUAGAGAAAGCUUUGUUAAGAUCUGACAAUCACUUCUUUAGUUUGUCUGUGCUUGGGGACGUUUCAGUGUUUCAUGUCCAUUUGAGGGGGGGAAAAAAAAACAAAAACGCAACUUUGAGUCCGUAAGCAACUAGAGAAUAAUUUAUUGGCGUAUCAAAAAGAAUCAACAAUAGCAACGUAUUGUAUGUAAGCGUCAGAAUGUAUGGACUUUGAGAUAGAGGACGUCAGCCUCUUCAACCACAAGGGGCGCUCUCCUCCUCCUAGUACUACUAUUACAAUUACUGCAGAAAACCCAAGCCUGCCAGGAACUCAAGUCUGGAAGCACAGGGCCUUCUUUCGGUGCCUAGACCUUAGUCCCAUCACUGGUCCCUCUCUCCCUAUGUUUACCAUGGCUACCCGAAAGCCAAUCUGUUUGAACGUUUGAUGUUUAUUUUAUUUAAACUUUUAGCUUUUCUUUAAACUUGCACAUGAUGUUUUUGCAGUGCUCAUGAUAUGUUGUCAGUCUGAUGUGUGCAUGGAGAGAAAAAAUCGAAACACAAAGGAUAAAAAACUAUUAAGUGUCUGCAAGUGUUAUGCAGGGGUGUAACACUAGGGGGGCCUGGUGAUGAAGACACCAUUUUUACAGUGAGUUAGUGUGCUGCGUUGUUUUCCUUGUUCCACCACUGGUCAACAAGGCCAGUCGUCUUUGUAUAGAUGUAUAUUAGGCCUCUCAGGAGGUUGACCAAUAAAUAAAGUCUAUGUCACUUUGAAAUAUCACAAGGGUACAAUGUCGCUGUAAAAAUAUAAAAAAAUAAAAUGCAUAGGAGAUAUACUUUUUAUGUGCCCUCACCCCAGCACGUUUUAUCCAGACUUGCGUUACAUUAUUUUGAGAUUUUAACUCACAAGCACAAGAGCUUGAUUUUGUACGAGAAGUUUAACUUUUUGAAGAAAAAAUAAAUAUGUAGUUAAAAAAUAAAGCAAUGAUCCCGUCACCGGUCUAGAAAAACAGAUGAAUUGCUCAGUUUCCUUGUGCAUCUCUGUGAAUGUGAAAGUAACCAAUCAGACUGAUCUGUCGGGACGCACACACCAAUGCCCAUCCUCUGUUUGGCCCAUAGACCCCGCUCAUUGUGCGAAGGGGCGGAGCCAGCAUGACUUUGGAACCAGUUCCAAGCUGCAUGCACAUUUUUGUAAAACCGAAAAAAGACGUAGAUUCGUGUUAGUUUCUCAUACUGUAGGGCCGCUUGUCUGUUGCAUGCAGUUGUACAGUUUGCUCGUACUUGAAUAUUAAAGAGGUAAAAACCAAGAAGCCAUUACAACUACGACACAUCGACAGCAGUCUCCACGCGUCCCUCAGUCCAGAAUGUGUGUCCCAAAACUUACUCUUGAUGUCUUUUCUGGAGCAAAGAUUUCUACCUGUCCUGUCCUCGCCCCUCUCUCACUGUAGUACACAAUAAACUAUACCUCCGAGGGGCUCACGUGUAUCGAUACAUGUACAAAUCAGAGGAAAUAUGAAUUAUGUUUCAACAUAAGGAUAUUCUAAUAUGUGGACUGUUUAGUUCUAUAUAGAGAAUAUGAUGCACAGAGUCACACAUGUAAAUAUUCAGUAUAGCCUUCACUGGUUUGUGCUAUAUACAACGGGGCCAAGUCUUCAACUGAGCAGCAUCUGUUUAGGGACCAUCAGUGGACGCACAACCCACUAUACAACUACACACUUUCUCUGUGCUCUUUCAUAUGUCCAUCCAACCCCAUCCUCUGCCCAUGUUUCAACUAAUAUGGGGUUUUCUUUUCUCAGUGAAGCAGGUUGUCUUAUUUAAUUUGAUUUUUUUAUCUUAUUUUUCUCUGUCAGUAUUAGCAGGAAAAAUGCUGAUUGUUUACAACUUUUGAGUUACAUGGAAUCAGAAAAGAAAAUUAGAAAAUACUCAAGCAUUCACUGCAACAUUUCUUGUUUGUAUAGAUGAUG